CUUUGUUCAAAACCGUAUUUGUCUCAACGAACAUCUGUUGCGGAUCGGGAUCGGCGAGGAGAAGUUGUGAAGACAAUGUCAAGUUCUUCUACUUGAGCUUGACUAUAUGUUUAUAUCAAGGUGCUUUAUAAAAUUAUUGCGCUUCUGAAAUAGCGACAUUAUGGCACGGGGACCACUCGCACAACUUGCUGGCUCUUCUUGCUCUUGCUCGUCCUCCUCGUUUCAUUCUGCAAAAGCCGCGUCGUCCGCAACAGCGCGGACCCACGUAGUUUCCGCUUUAAUGGGUGCGACGUCGAGUUGUAGUUCUACAUCUACUUCGAGCAUGCUUUAUUUUCAGCAUUUUUACACGACAAGACCUGCGGCUGGUGCAGCUGUUGCUCCACGGGGUCUGGGCAAGAUUGUCGUCCAACAUGACACCACCACCAUCGCGUUCAGGAGCCAGAACCACAGCAAGUUUUUUCUCUCCAGCGGCGUUCUCGGCAGUAGUAGAAUGGUGUGCACGAGGACAAAUGGCGGGUCGUCUUGCAGCUCAAGUAGACCUCGAAACUACAUGGAGACGAUGAGGGGCACUAGUAGAACAAGAGGGGGCGCCGCAACGGCAACUACAAUUGCUCGUGGUGGUCAACAUCCUUCUACCACGACGACCAUGGAGACCAUGCACCAAGGACGCCACCAGGACCGGGAGUUGUGGUCGCGCACGAGAAGUGCCAGCUGUUUGAUGCAGAUCGCAGGAAGAUCGCAGGCAGCAUGGGCCGCCGCUUCUAGCGCCGCCGGGGGUCGUGCUUCUGGAGAUCAUCGAUAUUUUUGUGGAGCAGGAGGUGGAGGUACAGGGACAAGGCCGUCUUUUUCAAAUUCAAUACAUGGUCUUCUUGGCCGCGGGGGCAAACAAAUCCAAAACCAAAAGCAUUUCUUUUCCACGACAGCUAUACAACCUUCCCCGACAGCGGAAGCUGCAGCUUUACACGAACCGCUAUCAAGUGGAACUUCUGCGGCCACAAAAAUUAUGACAGAGGAUUUAAAGCAGUUCUACCAUUUCCACGUGGAUCAAUACCAGGAACAGAUGCGGCAAGAUUUUCUUAAAAAGCAAAAGGAGAAUACUACCCAUGGGUAAAAACUUCCCCACCACAAACCCAGAUGAAGAUUUGUCAUGGAGGUCCAGGUCGUGCACACUUGCAUUUACAGGAACAUCUGGUGAUGAUAUGCGCACCUCUAUGAGAGGCCGACUCCUGCUGGCUGUCGUCGUGCUCGUGUGGUGGCAUUUGUAAUGCUGCAGUUAGUUUCAUUACGCAUGGCACUUUUAUUCCUCUUCUCAUGUUGCCACAGUCCUUGCUAAGAACCUGCACCACACUACAGAUUGAUGACUUGGCACGCUGCAGAAGCAAAAACUUGUUGACCUGAUGUGUAAGUAGCAAAAGAUGUUGAAACAAGAACUGCAGCCAUCGUGGCGCCGCGACGGGGGAAGACGUUUUACACAGGAUACAAAACGCGAGCUACGAAAUCACCGAAGAUAAUCUCACAGGAGAAAAAGAUUUACUCGCCGACCCGUCGUCCUACGAGUCCGCUAUCGACCGACUGUCGAAAAUCAACGACCCCGAGUUUUUCAAAGCCUAUGAGAAUGCACAACUCCCCCUCCCCGUCGUAUGUGUAGUUGCAUGAACAGCAACACGAGCGCUGGCAAAGUAAAUGCAGUUUUUCUUGCAUGACAAAUUCUAUAAAGGAUUCAAAUGCUGUUUUGGAUUCCGGAAAGUGUCAUGCAAACAAUGUUAACAGGCAAAGAUGGGUGGAUUUGUAAUUUUGCAUGACAAAUGACGUGGAGGGGAAGUUGUGCACUUUCAUAAAGCUAGUCCGAAAACGAGAACGUUGCCGACGGACGGGAGACAUUUGGCAAGCUACCCGGGUACGAGCGACGUUUAUGAAAGCCUCAGGUUGGAAAUCCUCAAAGUGGAAAUAAUUUGUAAUGCAAAAAAACGACUCCAGUUGAAGCGGCAUUUGUAGUCGGCGCAUGACAAAUUUCCCGGGCACGUAAAUCAUGUCUGUCAUGCAGGUUAAGGCAAGGGGGUGCCCUUCUGUCGUGCUAAACAGCACUCCAAUUCUUCGCCUCUAGCAGGACAAUAGUCGGCCUCCAUUGCGCUCUCUGCAAUACAGUCUUUUUUGCGUCGCAUUUCAUGCAUUACAAAUCAUUUCCACUUUGAGCAUUUCCAUCCUGAGGGUUUCAUAACGUUUUGCGCAACAUCGCGUUGGUACGGGAGUGUCAGGAUAGAAGAAAUUGACAAAGUUGAAACAAUCUGCCAUGCAUAAAAUGCGAUGCAGAGGGUGGUUCUAUUGCCGAGGAUGCAAAGUAGGAGGGAGAUUCUAGUACUGCUAAGAAUCGUCAAGAGGAGUUGGGCAUGGGGAUGGGCUGCUGAGUAGCUUGACAGACGGGACGAGUUCCUUUGCCCUAGAUAACACGACAGAUUUGCUUCCGGCGCGGGAAAAGAAAUUUGUCUUCAUGCGCCGACAAUGUGCAAACUGUGGGCUCAAAUACUGGUAUCGGUUUUAUGCAUUACAAAUUGUUUCAACUUUGUCGAUUUCGGUCCUGGCGCUUCCAUAGUUGGGAGCGGUGCCGAAGUAUUGCCACCAGUGGUUACCGAGGAAGGACGCCACGUUUCAAGUUUCGACUGAUUACUACUCGGAGAAAGAAAGGGUAGAGUUUGUCGACGAGACGCGAAAUUAUGCGACACAAAUUCAUUGCCGUACUAGUACCUAGACGACGUGGAAAGUGCAUGAGAAAUCGUAGCCCGCAACUAGGAACAGGAAUCGAAAUUUGUAAUGCCUGAUAAAACGAUAUGAAAAGACCAAGAGACUUGUCAUGCAAGAAAACGAAGUACUAGGCUACAAGUACAAUUUCUGUGUGUUGUAGUGAGAUGAAUUUGCUGUGGAUAGAAACCAACUUGUGGAGCUGAACCAAUUGGAGCUGUACAACCGGGGAGGGAAUGUGCAUCCCGGUACUUACUACAUAUGUCGCUUGGAGGAUCAUUGUCAUGGUCUGACAUGCAACUCCUGCAUGACACGUAGGCAUGUAUUACCAGAAAUUUUGUAUGACGGACUGGAUUUUUCCUACCUCAAUAACUAACUUCUUCGUUUAGCAGCACUGCGACUCUUAUCAAGUGUAAAAAUGUCUGGGUCUGGAAGAGUGCAUGUUUGUCAUGCUUGUCUGGCAUGACUCUCAAAUCUGUCAUGCACGUUACCCAAGAGCGCCAUUUUUCUGUCAUGUAGAAACGCAGUCUGUCAUGCAGAAUAAGCAACACCUAGAAGCAGCUCAGAAACUUGUCAUGCUGAGCGAGCACCUGCGGCCUCCUCAUGAUACGCCACCCAGCAUCACAAGUUUCCAGACUCAGGCACUUUUGCAUUUGAUAACUCUAAGAACACUAGUAUCACGACAGGUGGCUGCCUCCUGCAAGUCACCCAGGACGGCGCCGUUGUCGAGCGCGAUGCGGAAAAGGAUCGAGAGCUCAUUCCCCGAUCGGUUAGGAUGGCGCUGGCGAAGAAACCGAUCAACCCAGUUCACGAACGUCUUUCGCUCGACGAGGGAAGUUUUGGGAUCUGCCCGAAAACGGGAAGGAAGUCCAGGGCGAUGAAAGCGCAUGACCACAUGGUAGAGUAGGCGAACAAAGGCUGUGUUGUAGUUUAAGUUUUCGCAACAUUUGUGAUGAGUAAGCGUGCCAGCUAUCAUGUCGCAAACGCAGUUGUACCUCGCAUGACAAAUUACCUGUUGAUCUGCUCGCCAAGGUAAAAGGCCAGUGGGGCGGACUUUACGGCUUUUCCUUUCUCUUCAGGUAUGAAAGUGCACAACUUGAACCCCUCCCCCUGAUUUGUCGUGCAAAAUGCCGCGCCGACGUCCUGCCGGUAGAUCAUCUCCGAUGUCAUGCAAAAUGCCCAAUCCAAUUGCUGCGUUCUUGUGGGACUGUUUGCAUGACAAAUUCCGGAAGCGGCCCAAAGCCAAACACUACUAGCACUCGGAGCGUGAACUCGUCAUGUACAGGCUCCACGUGUGUUGAUGGCGCUUGUAUUGCUGUUCAUGCCAGACAUUUCAGGAGGAAGGGGAGUUGUGCACUCUCAUAUCAGCCUGACCUGGAUUAUGAAGUAUUCCCUCGCCAGUCAAACCGAUGUCACGGUAGUGACGGAUCCGAAGCGGAGAAUAUCUGGGUUCUACAGCGUAUCAAACAUAAAAGUGUUAGUGGUACUUCUACUUCUACACGCAUGCUGUGCAAUAAAAAUUCUUGUCGCGGGGGCUUUAUUACAACUUGCCUUACCGAAAAGCAAGAACACCAUACGAGAAGACAAAUUUCGCUUUAACGCUAACACUUUUUGGCAUGAUACCCCGCGCACCAGGAAGAGCUGGAUAGGAUGUAAAGGUUAAGGUGACACAGACACGUGGCCAACGCGUGAAGAUCUAACUUGUACCUGAGUUUUUGAUGCCACUCUCUACCUGAGACACAGAAGCCAUGCCCUUGGGGCUAGUUUUGUGAGACGAAGCAAAACUGCUGCUGCAUAUGCUACAGCUGCAACUUCGGCGGAUAUGUUAUUGUAUACCCGUACAACGAUCGACAUCGAAUCAUGAUAAGCACUGCUCGAGCGGUCGUCUGUCGAGGUCAAGACGCAGUGACGAGCGCUGCCUGAAAGAGCACUGUGAAG